CGAUGAUUGGUGCAGUAUUUAAAGCGACCAUUUUGCUCCGCUAGUUAACAGUGCUCUUCCAGCUCGCUCGAUACAAAGUUAUAGCCAAAAUGCUGAAGGUUGUUUUUGUUUGUGCUACUGUUGCCAUUUUGGCUGUGUCUGCUGAGCACCACGAUCACCAGGAUUAUUACGCGCAUCCAAAGUAUAAAUUUGAAUACGGAGUGAAGGAUUUCCACACAGGUGACAGCAAGGAUCAGUGGGAACAUCGGGAUGGCGAUAUCGUCAAGGGUCAGUACACGCUGCACGAGGCCGACGGAACUAAGCGCAUCGUCGAGUACUCCUCCGACAAGCACAAUGGAUUCCAGGCACACGUACAACGGGUAGGACACGCCACCCAUCCCCAUGUUUACGGUCAUGAUGGCGAGGUGCACCACGCGGGAGGAGACCACGGUCACGGCCAUGCCAGCAGCUAUGCCAACUUGCAUCAGCAUCAUCAUUAAGACUGAAAACGUGUGAUAUGUUAAAAUAAU